UAUCCUCCUCUCCGCCAGCUUCAGCCUCCACUCUCCUCAUAGAGCUAGCUAUUCAAUAUACAUAUAUAUUUAAAAUAUGCUCAACCAACACCUGAACCAGCCCUCUUCUCUCUGAUGAUGGAUGCUCUACUGUAGUGCUGUUUUCGUUCCACACUCUCAGACCUGUCUAAAUUCAUACACCACACAUAUCGACAUCCCUCGAAACCCCUCCAUCCACACACGCUAUCCCACCCUCACCGAAACGACCAUGACGUCCCGAAUCGAAAAGACCAUAGCCCGACAGCAAGAGAAAAUCGCCGCAGGCGCCUACUACGAAUCCCACCAACAACUCCGCGUCAUUGCUGCCCGCUACCUCAAGCAGCAGAACUACGAUGCCGCCGCCGAUAUCCUAGCAGGAGGUGCAAAGGCUCUCCUGAGGGCCCCUGGCGCAUCUGCGUCAGGCGGUGAUUUGGCGAUUAUGUUGAUUAUCGAUGUGUAUAAUAAGGCGGAGUGGGAAGUGGGCCGGGAUGAAGUGGGGAGGGGGAGGAAGAAGCGGCUGAUUGAGCUGCUGCGCGACUUCCCGCCGGAGGAGCCUACGAGAAAGAGAUAUAUGAAUGAGCUGGUUGCGUGGAGCGCGCGGUUUGGAGAGUUGGAGAGAGGGGAUCCAGAGAUACAUCAUGAAAUUGGGUCGUUGUUUGCGCAGGAAAACGAGCCCUACGACGCUGAGCGACACCUAGCCAUUGGCACUGCAGACUCCGCUGAGGUCCUCGCCCGCCUCGAGUAUGACUGGUACACACACGACGAGCCCCACACCGCAGGCAUCUACGCCUCCCGCGCUGUCUUCCCCUACCUCCUCACGGGUAACCUACGCGACGCCAACAAAGCCUUCCUAAUCUUCACCAGCCGCCUCUCGUCCUCAGGAACCAGCCAAGCCCUAAACAUCCAACAAGUCAGCAGCCAGAGCGCAGACGUGCGCGUCUACCCUUCCCUGCCCCUUUUGAAUUUCACAAGUCUACUACUGCUAGCGAUCCAGCGCGGCACGGCGGAUUUAUUCAGGCAGUUGACCAGGCAGUAUGGGAUGCAUAUACGGGAAGUGGACGGAUGGGAGAGGGCGUUGGCAUAUAUUGGCGAGUUAUACUUUGGAAUUAAGAUUCCGAAGCAGUCUAAUCCGCUUAUGGAUAUGAUGGGGAUGAUGUUUGGAGGUGGAGGCGCUGGUGGUAGAGCCGGCGCAAAACCUGCUCGACAGCAGAAGACCGCAGGGAGAGUGGAGGCGCCGCCGUCGAUGGAUCUUGAUUAAGAGGGGGUUGUAGCACGUUUGCUCGUCGGGAAAUUCAUGGUAUAAAGCUACCACAGGGAAUAGCCCAUGGCUCGCGUAUAGUUCACAAAUUUAUGUAAUGAAUGACCUAGACACGAAUUUCAUCUUCGACCUCGUACAUCCAAGCGUCCUCGUCCAGCGAGGCGGCCUUAUUCCGUAGGCUCUGCUGUAUAAGGAGGAAGAUUUCUGUUAUAAAGCGCGUUAGCAAAGGGGACCUUCCAGGAGGUAUAUCAUGCUCCAGUCGUGGCCUAUACUUAUGUAUAAAAGUCGGUAAGAAACGAAAGAAAAAGAAAGCUUACCUGGAGGCUCACUGUGCAGCUGUCUACUGCGAUUCCGACACAUCAUCUCCACAAUACUCGCCUCAAUUUCUAUUAAAUACCGCAUUGAUACCAUUAGCUAGAGAACUCACACCCGAAAAAUAUAUCAGAAAAGGCAAAAAAAGAAAUGUGGAAGAAAAACAUACUCUCCUUCUCCCUACCCCCAAUAUCCCCCGUCCCGCCCACACCUCCCACACCUCCCACACCAAUCCCAUUACCGCCUCCUCCCCCACCCCCAAUCUCCACAUCCAUCCCACCUCCCCCUUCCUCGCAUUCAUCCUCCCACAUCCCUACCGGCAACACUGGCACAUCAACCUUGUACCCGCCGUUCUUAUCGCGGGCUACGAUCUCGCCGUUAUCUAACGAGGAGGACGAGGAGGAAUGGGGUAUUUGUUGUGCAUGCGUAUUCCCAUAUCCGUACCCAUGUCCAUGCCCAUGUCCGUGUGGGACCGAGAGGGAAAUCGUCGGGACCGGGUUGAGGGCGUUCGGAGCACCUGCGCCGGGUGCUGUGGGGGGGUUGGUACUGGUAUUUGUACCGACAUUGGCAUUGGCACUGGAGGGAUGUACAGUCGAUGCGGAGCUAUGUGUUGCGGUGGAAGCAGAUGAGGCGGGGCGACGGCUUAGGUGGUGAUGGUGGAAGAGGUUGCGCCGGACGGAUGGCAUUGUUGUGGGCGCGGCGUUGGUUCUGCUGCCGCUGCUGGUAGCAGUAAUGGCGGUGUGAGUGUUGGAGCGUGUAGGGGCGGCGGGAACUCUUGCUGUAGUUGUGGCUGUAGCGGCGGAGGAGGUAGAGACUGAGCGGCGGGAUGUUGUGGUUGCUGCGGCGGCGGGGGCGGUUGUGCUGGAUGCAGAUGCGGAGGGGAUGCGAGAUUGAUGCGGAUGGCGCGUGGGGUGGUGGCGGGAAGAGGACAUUGUCAUUUAUUUAUUUAUUAUUUUUUAUAUCCGCGGUGUUUAACGGCAGAUUUGUAUGCAGUGAAUAGGUUAUGUUUAAAGUGAGUGUUGUUCAUUGUGGGAUGCAUUGUUAGUUCAUAAUUUGUGAUACUAUUUAGGGCGGAGCUAUUUAGGUGGGUUAUGUGCUGCGGGAGCCAAGCAUGAGAGUAGCGGAAUAGGUAUUAGGUAGGAAUGGAUGCUUGUAUACGACGGGGAUAAGUAUAAUAAAGGAUGGGAAAAGAGAAUGAGAGUUGUGUGUAUGUAAAAUAUAUAAACUUGAGCUAUAACUCUCGGAGAGGUUGAAUGAAGCUAAAGUUGAGGCUCUGCUAGAAUAAUUUGCAUCGGGGAGCCGCAACCACAGAAACUUUGGCUGGCUAACAACUGAGAUUUUGGUACAUGUACACAUAUAUUCGUAAGAUUUAUAUCUAUAAUUAUUAAAUAACUUGGUUUCAACGGG